AUGGACGUGAAUGGGCCAUCCGCAGGUGCGGUUAUUGGAACCGAAUUCACAUUGAUAGGUAUCGCAGCUAUUCUGAUCGGCGCCCGAAUAUACCUGCGAUUAGUCAUUCAGAACCUUCCCCUUAUCACGAGCGACAUUCUUGUUUGUAUUGCCUGGCUCUUUACUGUAGCAUCCGCUUCAUACGAUGUUGUGUUCCAUAAGUUGGGGGUAUUACGUUCCCACGUUGCCUAUACCCUAGAGGGGUAUGAUGGGACACCCGAGGACCUAGAACUUGUGUGGAAGUUGCAAUGGAGUGGCCAAUUUCCAUUCUUCACAGCCUUCUAUGUCUGCAAGGCAACACUCCUGAGUCUAUAUGCUCGAUUUUUCCCGAUCUUCAUGGAAACCAGGCGCAAGAUUCUCUGGGGAACCAUGGUGUAUUGUGGCUGCCUCUGCGAGGAAAUUGGUAAAAGAGCAUCCGGACUUCUCACACAUCUCAAAGUUUUCUGUCUGCCAUUCUUAGUAUUGUACCGACUGCAACUUCAUAAAAGUGUCAAGAUCAGUGUUUACUGCACAUUCUUUCUGGGAGCCAUCAACUUAGCAGUCAGCCUGGCACGGUUUCUAGGUAUUCAGGUGUCUGUAACAUCUUUUCGCUCCUUCACACUCAUUGGUGAGUCGAAACUCUUUCUAACCUGA